AUGACUCGUCGAGCUCAACGCUUGUUCAGCUACCGGCCAGAAGGCACUUGGCAAAUUGCACAGCGUCAAUUGGUCUAUGGACUACCGUCUGCUAUGGAGCCUGCACGACGCUGGUUCUUGAGAAGCUUCUUUGGGACCGUCGUUUUCCACCAGGCCGUUAGAAAGGUCAGACGCCGACAUGGUGAGGAUCCUCCUGCUGGGUUCUCUCUCAGCUUAGCUUUUUUUCCAGCGUGGCCCUACAAUCCUAGCAGCACCGCCAAAGCCCAGCAGCACCAGCACUUUGGGCUGGGGACAGUGGGUGGACCGUGUGAGGCUCCUGGCAUGGCCUGCCUUGCCUUGGGCGUGGCGGGAAGAAUUACCGAACAAGAGGUAACCCGGGAGGUGGAAAAGCUGGCGUCGUGGAAAUUUGAUGGUGCGCAGUGCGCUGCAGAGCAGAUCCAUGGGCCACCAGGAAAGUCCCAGCACUUCAGCACCCGCUUCAGCACCCACCCAGCACUAGCAAACGUCACAAAAUUGACGCUGGGUCAUUUCCCACGCUGGUGGGCAGAUGAGAUCUCGAGAGAGGGGCCCGAGGAACCUUGCCAGCAGGGAAUCGCUGUUCCUGCUUGGCAGGAUGGACGCAGUGCUCCCGAAUGGAACGCCUCGAUGAUGAUGAUCUCCAGAACAGAGUUUGAACGGUGUGUUUCCCUCGUCUCCUCCUCGGGGAAUGGGACCGAAUUGGACCUGGCACGACGAUGCUCCGGUUUCGAGGUCCAGCAGCGUCGUAUCGAGAACAUUACACUCCCGAAUUUCCACGUCGUCCUCGCCCAUGUUGAGGCUCAGUAUCAAUAUGUCUGA